AUGUUAUUCAAAUUAGUCACAAUCUUCACCAUCUUUCAAUUAAUCACUGCUUCAAUUCCAGAUCCAAUCACUAAGAUCGCUCAUAAGGAAGGUGACAAAUAUGGUUCAGUUCAAAUCACUUAUCCUGCUGGUUCAUUAGGUGAAUAUGCCGGUACUUUAUUCUUUACAACUAUCUUGAAUGGUCCAGUUUGGACACAAUAUGAAUAUGUUUCAAAUGAUACAAAUACUGGGUUAAGUGAUAACUUAUCUCAAAGAUAUUAUACUAUUGAUAGUAAAGUUGAAUCUACAGGUGCCUGGUAUUAUCAUGGUGAUAGUGAAAAAGAUGUUACCUUAUCUUUAUAUUUUGCUUCAAAUAAAGAUAAUUAUGAAAAUUUUACUACAAAUUUCUUUGGUACUUAUGUUGAUCACCGUUUCAGAGGUACAACAAAUAAUCCAUUCAAUAGUACUGCUCGCUUUGAAUCAAGCUAA